AUGACAUAUUGUUUAGAAGGUUCUAUCGAAGGUAAUAUAAAAGUACUUACAGUCUUAGAAUGUUUGAGUCCUUCACGUAACUCCCAGGUUAUUGAUAAGUUGAUCUUAAUUCGUUCUCGAGCUUCCCUCUUUGAAUUACCACAACAAGACUGUUUCAAGAGAAAAAAUGCGAAGUUUCGCUUACCUGUUACUCUUAUACUUGAUCGAAUUAACGAUCCUGGAAAUAUGGGCAGUUUGAUCCGUUCGGGUGCAAGUUUGGGUUUGAAUUCUAUCUUGGUGACGAAAGGCAGUGUCAAUAUUUGGAAUGAAAAAGUGAUACGAGCAGGAAUGUCCGGUCAUUUCCGCAUACCUGUAUAUCAAGGACUGAGCUGGACCGAUAUUAGUCGAUAUUUUGGGAUAUGUGAUAGUUCAUCUUCUGAUGUUAUAGUCUUUGUAGCUGACCCUGAACCACUCUUGACUGAUAAAUUAAUCGAAUCAGCAUGGAAAAAAGACCAAACUAAUCAUCAGUCACAAUAUAUUAAUGAGUGCAAAAUAUCUGUUGAGUGUGAGGCUGUUGAUUUUCUUACUCCUGAGUCAACAGAUUCCGCAUAUCGCUUACCUGUACAAACUAUCCCACAUUUUUCAGUGAAUUAUAUUCCUUCUGAUUAUAACUCUGAGGAACAUAAUUGUCGUUUAGCUGUUGUUAUUGGAUCUGAAGCUCACGGUGUUUCUCCAGAGGCUUUUCAUUUAGUUCAUCUUACCGGUGGUUCUCGACUUGUUAUUCCAUCUGCAGAUAGAAUAAGCAGCUUGAAUGUUUUAUCAGCUGCUUCAGUUUUGCUCGGAGAAAUACAACGUCAAUUUUUAUGUUCUUAA